UCUUCUUGUAGGCGAUUUAACCAACCCGGGCAACUGCUGUGAUGUAUUUACUGGCGGCCACAUCUCUGGAUUUAAAUAUAUUGCAAUUGUGGUAAUCUGGAAUGUGAACUGGAUUUAAGGAAGAUUAUAUAUCUCUUUUUUUUGUAACCUGUUUUUUAUUAUUAUUAUUAUUAUUAUUAUUGGUCUGGCGACAGUUUCACAACAUACUUCGGGACUACUACUAUACAAAUACUCUUUGCACCUCAAAAACGCACCGGUAGAAUAUCAGCUUUAAAGAAAAUGGACAACGGACAAAUGCAUUAACGAGCUAUUUUGCUGUAGGAUAUCAACACACACACACACAAAAUAAAAUAAAGAGAUUUCACAUGGAAAAAGUACGCCAAAACAGGACCUUUAUAAUGAAUGAACGACAGGACGACCAGACCCGCGACGAACCCCGUUGCAAUCAGUCUCUUUCACCUGCUGCCACAUAUAAAGCUCUGUUUAUGAGUGCUGAAGAUGACCUGGGUCUAAUGCGUCAACACCCCAGUGGUUUCACCAAAAUGAACAAUUGCUCAUGUAUAAGUGAAUAUGAACUGUGUGCGGGCAGACCGAGGGACACUGGCAGUAAUCUGUACGCUGAAAAAGCACCCUGCAUCUUCAGCAGCCGGAUGACCACGGGUAACACUAGAGCAGGCUCAAGGGGCAGAGGAAGUGCUUUCAUUUUUGAUAAUGAGGAGAGCUCCGACCUAAACGUUUUAAGCGGGAGUACCUGUCAAUAUCAAGCCAAAGCAGGAGACAUGGAUUGCAAUGCGUCUUACUGUUACCAAAGAAGCGGGGAAAUAAAACUGAGUUUGAAUCUCACCAGCAAGAAAACAACCGGCGACCAGUCUGCUGAUAAAAAGAUUGCUAAAGAGUUUACAGGUGGACAACCAGCACGGCGCAGUUUCUCCUUUCAGAGUCGAAGGAGAAAGUUUACAUUAUAUGUAUGGAGUUGGUGGGCGUUCCUGUUUUUUCAUACCCACGUGUUGAAAGCGGCGGCACAAGAUGAUGUCGCCCCGUAUUUCAAGACUGAGCCGGGCCAGCCUCAGGUUCAUCUCGAAGGGAACCGUUUGGUUAUGACCUGUCUGGCUGAGGGCAGUUGGCCCCUGGAGUUCAAGUGGAUUUUAAAUGAUACAGAGAUCACCGCCUUCUCCCCUGAAUACAAGUACAUUAUUCCAUCGCUACAGCGCUCGAAUGCUGGGUUUUACCAGUGUGUGGUGAGGAACAGGAUGGGUGCACUGAUGCAGAAGAAGGCAGAAGUACAAGUAGCAUAUAUGGGUAACUUUGUAGAGGGAGACCAAAGAAAGACGGUGUCUCAAGGCAAGGCAGCGGUACUGAACUCCCCAGUCAUCAGCAGCUACCCCCGUCCUGAGGUGACAUGGUUCAGGGACGGCUAUAAGAUAAUCCCCAGCGGCAGGAUAGCAAUUACCCUGGACAAUCAGCUGGUGGUUCUGUCGACGGUCGCUGCGGAUGCAGGGCGGUACUACGUGCAGGCUGUUAAUGAAAAGAAUGGGGAGAAUAAGACAAGUCCGUCUAUCAACCUGAGCAUAGCAAAUUCGGCCACGCCAGCUGACUCGGUGGCUCCUGUGAUUGUAAUCCCACCAAGAAACACCAGCGUGGUGGCCGGCACCAACGAGGCCACCCUGGAGUGUGUGGCAAAUGCAAGACCUGUCGAGAAGCUAAGCAUUUCCUGGAAGCGAAACGGAGUCAGGUUAACGAGUGGAGUCGGCAUGUUUGGGAGACGGCUGGCGAUCAUCAACCCCACCUCGGCUGACGUCGGGCUGUAUGUGUGUCAGGCAGCUCUCCUGGACAGCAGCGUGCAGCCAGUGGAAGCCAGGGCUUUCCUCUCCAUCACAGCGUCACCAUACUUUACAGCAGAACCCAAGAGAAAGAUGAUGGGGGAAGUGGAAAAAACUAUAGAUAUCCAGUGUCAGGCUAUGGGUGUCCCAGUCCCCAGUCUGGAGUGGUAUAAAGACUCAGUCCCUCUCAGUAAGCUGGAUAACCCUCGUUAUAAGGUGAUGGUGAACGGAGGGCUACGGAUUAGAGGAUUGAGUCCCAAAGAUGCCGGCAUUUUCCAGUGCUUCGCCAGGAAUACAGCGGGAGAAAUCCAAACACACGCCUACCUUGAUGUUACAAGCAUGGCCCCAACGUUCACUCAGCUGCCAUCAGACAUCACGGUGACAGAUGGAACAGUGGCUGUCUUUACCUGUGAGGUGUCGGGCGCUCCAAAAUCUGCCAUUGCCUGGAAGAAAAGCAAUCAGAUUCUGGCAAGCGGUUCGAUCCAGAUUCCUCGGUUCACUCUUUUGGAGACGGGAGGGUUGCAGGUGCGUCCAGUUUACCUGCAAGAUGCUGGGAAUUACACCUGCUACGCCAGCAACUCUGAGGGAGCCGUCAACGCUACCGUCUCGCUGACUGUGUGGAACCGUACUUUUAUAUCCCAUCCACCCGAGGACCGCCGUGUAAUCAAGGGAACGAUGGCUGUGCUGGAGUGUGGGGCCACGUAUGACCCCAGGGUCUCUGUCAGGUUUGUCUGGAAGAAGGAUGGUGUCCCACUGAACUACGCCAGGAGUUCUCGGCUCAGCGUCAAGGAUGGCUCUCUGCAGAUCAGCCAGACCUGGUCAGGUGAUAUUGGAGACUACACCUGUGAGGUCCUUUCUCAAGGGGGGAAUGACUCUAAAGGUGCUCGAUUAGAAGUUAUUGAACUCCCCCACUCCCCUCGGAACCUUCAGACGAGCUUGAACGUCUCUGAUAGUCGCAGUGUGGUCCUCUCCUGGGUGCCUCCCUUUGAUGGAAACAGCCCCCUCCUCUACUAUGUGGUCGAGCUGUCUGAAAACAACUCCCCGUGGAAGGUGAAUUUGCCCAAAGUGCAGGCUGAUACCUCAAGGGCAGUUGUGACAGGGUUAACCCCAGCGCGUACCUACCAGUUCCGGGUCUGUGCUGUGAACCAGGUGGGAAAGGGGCAGUAUAGCACAGAGACCAAUAGGUUGAUGCUGCUAGAAGAACCUCCAAGCGCCCCACCAAAAAACAUUGUUGCCAGUGGGCGUACCAACCAGUCCAUAAUGGUCCAGUGGCAGCCCCCUCCAGAACCAGAACUCAAUGGGGUGCUCAGAGGAUACAUGCUUAGGUAUCGGCUUGCUGGCCUUCCCGGCGAGUACCAGCUGAAGAACAUCACCAGCCCUGAGAUUAACUACUGCCUGGUGAGGGACCUCAUCAUCUGGACGCAGUAUGAAAUCCAGGUGGCUGCUUACACUGGAGCCGGGCUAGGGAUGUUCAGCCUUCCUGUUACAGCAUACACUCUUCAGGGAGUGCCCACAGCUCCACCGCAAAGCGUCGCGACCAAGGCCCUGACCUCUACCACCGUCGAGUUCACCUGGAAUCCUCCACCUCAGCAAUUCAUUAACGGAAUCAAUCAGGGUUACAAGCUACUAGCUUGGCCAGAAGAUUCGCCUGAAACUGUUACCAUAGUAACCAUCACCCCAGAUUUCCACGGAACCCGUCACCUUGGAUACAUCACCGGGCUGAAGAAAUUUACCUGGUAUCUCACUUCUGUACUGUGUUUUACUACCCCAGGAGAUGGGCCAAGCAGUUCACCACAGUUAGUACAGACAUUCGAGGACAAGCCUGGAGCGGUGGGGCACCUGAGCUUCACUGAGAUACUAGACAUGUCAUUGAGGGUCAGCUGGCAGGAGCCACAGGAGAAGAAUGGGAUUAUUACAGGUUAUCUUGUCACGUGGGAGGUGUAUGGUAGGAAUGCCACCCGAGUGACCCACACUCUGCCCAACAGCACUCUGGAGUACAAGGUCACAGGGCUCACCUCCCUCACCACCUACACCAUCGAGGUGGCGGCGCUGACAGCCGCUGGGAUGGGUGUGGUCACCUCCUCAGCCAUCUCCUCUGGAGUCCCACCAGAACUCCCUGGUGCUCCGUCCAACCUUAUUAUCUCCAACAUCAGCCCUCGCUCUGCCACCUUGAAGUUCCGCGCAGGCGAUAAUGGGAAAACCUCCAUCUCAAAAUGGGUUGUUGAGGGGCAGGUUGGGGGGAUCGGCGAUGAUGAAGAGUGGCGCGUUCUGUAUGAGAAGGAGAAUGACCCAGACCCCCAAGUGCUGGAGAUACCCAACCUCACCCCUUUCACCUACUACAGGUUCCGGAUGAGGCAGGUGAACAUUGUGGGCUCCAGUCCGACGAGCCAGCCCUCUCGUGUGAUUCAGACUCUGCAGGCCCCUCCUGACGUUAGCCCCAGCAGCGUCACGGUCCGCACAGCCAGCGAGACCAGCCUCUGGCUCCGAUGGAUGCCUCUGGCCAAUUCAGAGUACAACGGGAACCCUGAGACGGUGGGCUAUAGGAUCAGUGUGUGGCGCGCGGACCUGCAGGGUGAGCCCAGGACCCAGCUGGUGAGCGAUCGCAUGGAGAGAGAGAUCACCCUGGAGGGGCUGGAGGAGUGGAGCGAGUACCUGCUGCACAUCCAGGCCUUCAACUCCAUCGGGCCCGGGCCCUGGAGCGAGGUGGUGCGGGGUCGCACCAGGGAGUCAGUUCCAUCUGGUGCUCCACAAAACGUGACGACCGAGGCAGUGAGCUCCACGAGUAUCUUAGUCACAUGGGUUCCCGUUCCUGAGCACGAACAGAAUGGACACAUCCUUGGAUACAAGGUGCUGUACAAAGAGAAGGAUUCGGGAACCGACCCCCAAACCCACGUAGUGAAAGGAAACCUCACGCAGUCCGUCCUGCUCAAAAACCUGCGCAAGUACGUCCUGUACGAGAUCCAGGUGCUGGCUUUCACCCGCAUCGGCGAUGGCGUCCCCAGCUCCCCACCGGUCCUCGAGAGAUCCAAGGAUGAUGUCCCAGGUCCCCCGGUGCGACUGGUCUUUCCUGAGGUUAGGCUGACUUCAGUGAGAGUGGUGUGGCAGCCCCCAAUGGACCCCAACGGAAUCAUCUUGGGAUACCAGAUCGCAUACAGGCUGGCUGCCGGCGACCCAAACGAAUUCACCACGGUGGAGGUGGGCUCCAAUGCCAGGCAGCUGACAGUGACCAGCCUCAAUUCAGAGUCUGCCUACAUUUUCCGCAUCUCUGCCAAAACGCAGCAGGGCUGGGGCGCUCCGGAGCAAGCUGUGGUCAUCACGACAGAAAGAAGAGAUCGCCCAGAGUCACCGAAGGAGCUGUCCGUCCCUCAGUCGGAGGUGCGGUCUCGGGGGCUACUAUUGCGCUGGGUCCCUGGGGGAGAUGGGUCUUCCCCGGUGCGCUACUUUACAGUGCUGACCAAGGAGCUGCCUGAUGGAGAAUGGACACACUCCUCCACCAUCAGUCACAACAGCACCUCCUGGCGCAUCGACCGGCUCAAACCGUUCACUUCGUACAAGCUGAGAAUGAUGGCGACUAAUGAUAUUGGAGACAGUGAAUACAGCGCGGAGACAGACACAAUUACUACUUUACAAGAUGUUCCUGAUAAGCCCCCUGUUAUAUUGGCUGUGACUCCUCACACCACAUCCUCUGUCCUUGUUCAGUGGCAGCGGCCAAAGGAGGAGAGCUUGAAUGGGGUGCUGGUGGGAUACCGCAUCUACUACAGAGAGCUGCUGUAUGAAAGUGAACAACCUGAGUCCAAGACUGUUGCAAACCCUUCAGCACUGCGGGUAGACCAGACUGUCACAAGCACCUUCAAGACUGUGGACGACGCUUUCUUAACUGCAUUCGAACUGACACAGCUCAGCAAGUACAAGCGUUACGAGAUUUUGAUGACGGCCUACAACAUUAUUGGGGAGAGCCCAUCAAGUGCUCCUGUGGAGGUUUUUGUUGGAGAAGCAGCCCCAUCGAUGGCCCCCCAGAAUAUUCAAGUGAACCCACUAACCUCGAGUCAGCUGGAGAUCCAGUGGGACGCCCCUCCAGUGGAAACUCAGAAUGGAAACAUCCAGGGGUACAAGAUUUAUUACCGGGAGACGGGCAAUCACAAUGAGACGGAGAAGCUGAAGACUAUGUUCCUCCCUGAAACCACAGUGAGGCUCAAAAAUCUGACCAGCUACACCUCGUACUCCGUGAAGAUAUGUGCGUUCAACGCAGCGGGGGACGGGCCGAAGAGCGAGCCCAGGCAGGGCAGGACUCACCAGGCUGCUCCAAGUGCCCCCAGUUACAUCACAUUCUCCGAGGUCACCACCACUACUCUGAACGUGUCCUGGGGGUUUCCUAUCUGGCCGAAUGGGGUCCUGGAAGGGUACCGCGUUGUCUAUGAGCCCUUGACACCAAUACAUGGAGUGAAUAAGGUUGUGACGGUGGAGAUCAAAGGGAACUGGCAGCUCUGGCUGAAGGUCCGUGACCUCACAAAGGGGGUGACCUACUCCUUCAGAGUGCAGGCCAAAACUAUCGCUUAUGGACCAGAACUUGAAGCUAACAUCACAGCCGGACCCUCUGAUGGAUCUCCUGGGUCCCCCCUGGAGCUCUCAGUCACCAAGUCUGCCUCUGCACUCACACUCCACUGGUCUGCAGGAGACCCAGGCACAGAGCCAGUCACAGGAUACGUCAUUGAAGCGCGACCUUCUGAUGAGGGUUUAUGGGACACAUUUGUGAAGCACUUGCCCCCCAGCACUAGAUCUCACACAGUCAGCCUGGAUCGUCUCAGGCAGGGUGUGAGCUAUGAGUUCAGAGUGAUUGCAGUUAAUAAGUUUGGCUACGGUGAACCGAGUGUGCCCUCUACUGCCAUGUCAGCCCAGUCUGAAAAUCCCUUCUAUGAAGAAUGGUGGUUCCUGAUAGUGAUGGCACUUUGUGGUCUCAUCCUCAUACUGUUCAUAGUGUUCGGUUUAGUACUGCACGGGCAGAGCAAGAAGUACAAGAGCUGUAACCCAGGCAAGAAUAUUUCCACAGUGGAGGAGACGGUCACACUAGACAAUGGCGGCUUCACUUCGCUGGAACUCAGCAGCAGGCACCUGAAUGUUAAGAGCUCCUUCCUAAAGAAGAACGGGACCAGGUCCCCCCCUCGACCAAGCCCUGGCGGACUGCACUACUCUGACGAGGAUAUCUGUAACAAUUACAAUGGAGCAGUGCUGACGGAGAUCACCACACUCACUGAGAAGCCUACUGAGACAUCAGAAUCGGAGACCACAGACAGCGAUUGUGAGGACGAGCAGCCCAAGCACUCCUUUGUAAACCACUACAUGAGCGACCCAACCUACUACAACUCCUGGAAACGGCAGCAGAAGGGAAUGAAGCCGUCUUCGGCGUACGCAUAUGAGGAGUGCGCAAGCAGAGACACUGAGUCCUACUUCCAGAGCGUUGUCACGACUCACAGCUCGGGGGGAGUUUACACCCCAGAUGGGCAGCCCGCCCCAGGGUCGCGGACUCCUGUCACCGGCUUCUCUUCCUUUGUUUGAUGGGUGGAGCACAGGGACUUUGGAAGGGACCUUACCUUGAAACCACGAAUACGUUUCAACAGACUACUUUUGACAGUUAAUUCCACAGGAUAGGGGAGGGGGGCAGUGGGGACUGGAGACAGUUGAAGUGAAUUGUAGGUCAUUUAUUACUUUUUUAUUUCUUAUUUCUCACAAACUUUUGGGAUUACUUCCAGAGUUUUAACACUUAACUUUUUUUGGUGUAAAAAAUUCCUAAUAGCGCUAUCAUUGCCAAUUGAUUGUAAUAUGAAAAUAAUGUUCUGAUCUACCCUCUGUAAAUGCCGGCUGUGUUCAUUUCUAAAAGGAGAUGAUAAUCUAGUUGUUUCAGGAUAACAAUUAGAAAAAAACUUUAGGGAAAAUACAUUUACUGUUUAUAGUGCUUUUAGUGUCUACCUUAACUUUGAAGAACGAAUCAAAGUUUCAAAGAAGUGGUACAAAGGCAGCUAUAAUGAGGCACUGUGCUACUGUUAAUUCUUUUCUCUGAAAACAAGCAAAGCACAUGAAAAGAAGCUGGCUUUCAAAUGGGAACAUAAAACCUUUUUUCAUGGUUUUUUUUUUUUUUUUUUUUAAAAAGGGUACGGAGUCGAUAAAGUAAUUUUAUAUUUGAAAAGACUGCUGUAAAAAAAUUGAACCACUUAACAUCCCUUAAUAAUUAGAGAAGUUCAGUUCAGCAAUUCACUUUAAAAAAAAAAAAAAAAAAAUACUCCUAAGAAUUUACUUUGUGGAUGCAAUGAAGGCCAGAAGUUUGCAAGAAAGCAAGACAGAAGGAACUGUUUUUACAUCCGAUGGUUACCAACUAAGCAAUUGCAGUAUAUGCAUCUUCUUCUGGUACAGCUGUUUGUGAAAUUCACACUGGGAACCUGUGUUCUUAGUGCAAGUUUUGGUGAAUGCUCACAUGUGGUGGCUGAAAGUCAGAUGUACUGAACGUAAAGUUUUAGAUGUCGUGUACUGAUCUGCUUUCAAAUAUCAUGCAACCCAGGCAACAGCCCUUUAUUUUAAGUCCUGGUAAGUCUCUGAUGAGAGAAGUACCACUCAAUUUUUUUUUAUUUUUAGAAGUAUGAAUGUAAAGGUGUGUGUGUGUGUGUGUGUG